AUGUUUCAAUGGCCAGACGUGUGCAAGAAAAUUUUUGAGGAGUUAAAGAAGAUAUUGACUUCAGCUUCAGUCCUGACACUACCGGAAGGAACUGAAGGGUUCGUUGUUUAUUGUGAUGCUUCAGGGUGCCAUUAUUUGUAUGGGGUACAUGUUGACAUUUUUACAGAUCACAAGAGUCUCCAGUAUAUCUUCAAGCAAAGAGAAUUAAAUCUACAUCAGAGAAGGUGGCUCAAAUUACUUAAAGAUUAUGAUGUUGAUAUCCUCUAUCAUCCAAGGAAAGCAAAUGUUGUAGCCGAUGCUCUCAAUCGGCGUUCUAUGGGCAACUUAGCUCAUGUUGAGGAAGACAAGCGAACUAUGAUGAAGGAAGUCCACCGCUUAGCAAAUCUAGGAGUUCGACUUUUGGACUCCGAAGAUGGUGGCGUUGUUCUCCAGAAUAGUGCUGAAUCCUCCUUAGUAGUCGAAGUAAAAGAAAAACAGUUCAGUGAUCCCUACUUAUUGCAGCUGAAUGAAGGAAUUCAAAAACACAAGACUAUGGAUUUUGAACAAGGGGGAGAUGAUGGUACUUUGAGAUAUAGAGGCAGACUAUACGUUCCAGACGUAGAUGGGCUCAAAGAGAGGGUUAUGUCAGAAGCCCACAAUUCCAGAUCGUGGUGCUCAGUUCACAGCAAACUUUUGGAAAUCCUUUUAGAAGGGAUUGGGCACAAGGGUGAACCUCAGCACUGCCUUUCAUCCUCAGAUAGAUGGCCGGACAGAGCACACCAUUCAGACUCUUAA